AUGCAUCACUCCGAAAGCGAAGAGGACAUAUCAACACUGAACAAGGAAUACACCUUUGAAGCUCCAAGGUAUCACCAGAUAUCCAGCGACGAAACACCAAACAAACCUAACCUCCAGAGAAGCACUGGGAACGUAACCAACGCUCCGGAAUUGAAGUCCACCGACACAAAACCAAGCCACACCACCAAAACUAGAUGUCUCGACCCGACACCUACACCACUACCAUCUAACACCAGGAUGGACUCAAAAGAGACGAUCUAG